AUGGCAACCCAAAUGAUCUCAACAGCAGCAACUGCUGCAACCAUUAACGGCGGUGCCGCCACCGCAGCUCAGCCGAGCUUGGUGGCACCGUUCUCCGGUCUCAAGUCCAUGUCACCUUUCCCUGUAAGUCGGAAAAGCAACAGUGGUGACAUGAGGUCUGUGUCGAGCAAUGGUGGUAGAGUUCAAUGCAUGCAGGUUUGGCCACCACUUGGGAAGAAGAAGUUCGAAACGCUGUCGUACCUUCUGCCCCUAAGCCGGGAACAAUUGGCCAAGGAAGUUGAAUACCUGCUUCGCCAGGGAUGGGUUCCUUGCUUGGAAUUUGAGUUGCAGCAUGGAUUCGUGUACCGUGAGAACCACAGGUCUCCAGGAUACUACGACGGGAGGUAUUGGACAAUGUGGAAGCUGCUGAUGUUUGGAUGCACUGAUUCUUCUCAGGUUUUGAAGGAGCUUGACGAGGCUAUCAAAGCUUAUCCUGAAGCCUUCGUCAGGAUUAUUGGUUUUGACAAUGUCCGCCAAGUGCAAUGCAUCAGUUUCAUUGCCUACAAGCCCCCUGGCGUCUAUAUCCGUUCCAUCAAAUAUCCGUUCUUCACAUAAAUAAUUUAUGCAUGUUUGUUCAUGUUUUGUUUUUCUGAA